AUCGGCUUUGUUGAUAAUGUAUAUCGGCGUACAAAUAAGGUUCAAACUGGGAGUAUAAGUAUUGCGUGUUUGUCGCUGCAAUAUCCCUCAGUCAGUCCUGCCGUUACCGUCAUCAGCAUAUCUUCACGACCCCUCCAUUUACUCGCCAUUAUGAUCUCUACUACUACCAUGACCCGCGCCGCGCGUGUUGUUAUGCAAGGCUAUCUUACAGCCUCGUUUUUCAAAGAAAUCGUCAUCGACCGCACUAUUCAGGUCCUGUCCGAAUCAGAGGAGGUCUCCGUUAGCCUUGUCACGUUCACUGUCUGCUCCUCGACAGCCGUCCUUCUUCUAGCCUCCGCCAAAGCUGCUCGACAAUUCCUCAGCGAUGAUUUCCAACGCGUCCCCGCUCUCAAGGACCAUACCGCUGGGCUCGACGCAUCUUUUGCUGGAGGCAACACCCUGGACGCUAUCUCAACAACUAAGGCUUUUGGAGUAGCAGCUCGGCCAUCCUCGUCGUGUGCAGUGAUUGAAUCAACCGAAACCACCUUUGAGGCUCCCACCAAAGGCUUAUCGACGACUGAUUCUGACACGACACUCAUAGCCCACGAUGAGGAGUUCAAGUUGGCCAAGGACGUAUUCUUCUGCGACCGUGUCUCAGACGUCGAGUCGCUCACUGACGAAGUCACUUUCUAUGAGGUAAGAAGCAGCGUGAUUUUUCUGACUUCCGUUUACUAAUGCUUGGGUCUAUAGGACGACUGCCAGGCUACAGCACACUGCCUUGCAGACAAUGAACCGGACCACACCUUGCAUGUCGGAUACGACCCACAAACCAUCGACGACCUAAUCAGAAGAAUUUCAGCUAUUUCUCUCGACGAUGUACCCUCUAGUUUAUCAACCAUUUCUCUCGACAAUGUAUCCUCUCAUUUAUCCACUACUUCUCUCGACAAUGUACCCUCUCACUUAUCAGUCAUUUCUCUCGACAAUGUAACCUCUCAUCUAUCCACUCCUUCUCUCGACAAUGUAGCCUCUCAUUUAUCAA